CCCCAUUUCCCCAUCUUCCCCAUUCCCCAUCUUCUCCCCAUUUCUUCCCCAAAAACCCAGUUCCCACGACCAAACCCAAAAAACGGUGCGUUUCAUCUCUGCACAUGACGGACUACCGGAUACCUCCCACCAUGAACCUCUGGACGGACGACAACGCGUCUCUCAUGGAAGCCUUCAUGAGCAACUCCGAUCUCACCUCCUUCUGGGCCGCCCAGCCGGCCCAGCCCGCAACAACCCAACCCGCACACCCCCUCCACCAGCCUCAGUCCUCCGCUUCCACCUCCGACUAUCCCCGCCCUCCGGCCGCGCAGUCGCAGCCUCCUCCGCCGCCGGCCGCGGCGCCGUUCAACCAGGAGACGCUUAUGCAGCGGCUUCAGGCGCUGAUCGACGGAGCCAGGGAGAGCUGGACCUACGCCAUCUUCUGGCAGUCGUCGUACGAGAUGUCCGGAGCUUCCGUGCUCGGAUGGGGCGAGGGGUUCUACAAGGACGAGAGGGACAAGGUGAAAGCGAAGCCCAAAACGACGACGUCGUUGGUCGAGCAGGAGUACCGGAAGAAGGUGCUGAGAGACCUCAACUCUUUGAUUUCCGGGGCCGACAACACCGCCGAGGACGACGUCGUGGAUCAGGAAGUCACUGAUACGGAAUGGUUCUUCCUCGUUUCCAUGACCCAGAACUUCGUCAACGGCGGCGGGUUGCCGGGUCAGGCUUUUUUUCAGUCCAACCCGGUCUGGGUCGCCGGCCCGGACCGCCUCGCCGCCUCGUCGUGCGAGCGGGCCAGACAAGGUCAGGUGUUCGGCCUACAGACUAUGGUCUGCGUCCCGACGGCGAAUGGGGUCGUCGAGUUGGGCUCGACGGAGCUUAUAUACCAGAGCGCGGAUCUGAUGAACAAGGUCCGAGUGUUGUUUGAUUUCAAUAACCUUGAAGUCGGUUCUUGGCCUAUGUGUGGCGCCGCCGAUCAGGGAGAGAACGACCCGUCGUCGCUGUGGAUCAACGACAACCCGGCCGGCACCGGCACAAUUGAAGUUGUCAAGGACUCAGUGCACAUGGGUCCGGCGACUUCAGGACCCAGUACUAGUAACCAUCAAAUCUCGAAGCCGAUUCAGUUCGACAGCCACCCUAGUUCGAGUGGCUUAUCGGAGAAUCCGAGCGCCGUUCUCCAAGUACAAUCUCAGAGCAAUCACCACCAGCAAGUACAGACGCAGAGCUUCUUCACCAGGGAGCUGAACUUCUCCGAUUACAACGGCUACGACGGCAGCAGCGUCAAGAAUUCGAAUUCGAAUUCUCAUUCCUUGAAGCCGGAAUCCGGCGAGAUAUUGAACUUCGGCGAGAGCAAGAGGACGUCUCACAGCGCCAACAACGGCAAGUUGUUUUCCGCCGAAGACAACAACAAAAAGAAGAGAUCGCCGCCGUCGAGGGGCAGCAACGACGAGGGGAUCCUGUCGUUUAGUUCGGGAGUGAUUCUACCGUCGAGCAGCGGCGUCGUGAAAUCGAGCGCCGGCCCAGUAGAUUCCGACCACUCCGACCUCGAAGCCUCCGUGGCUAAGGAGGCCGACAGUAGCAGAGUUGUGGACCCGGAAAAACGACCCCGGAAAAGAGGUCGUAAACCGGCGAACGGCAGAGAGGAGCCGCUGAACCACGUGGAGGCGGAGAGACAGAGAAGAGAGAAGCUCAACCAGAGAUUCUAUGCUCUCCGAGCUGUCGUCCCAAAUGUUUCGAAAAUGGACAAGGCAUCUCUGCUCGGAGACGCCAUCUCUUACAUCACCGAGCUCAAGACGAAGCUGCAAACGACGGAGUCCGACAAGGAGGACCUCCACAAGCAAGUCGAGACGUUAAGUAAAGAGCUGCAAGAGUCCCGAUCGUCUCCGGGUUUGGACCAAGAGCUUAAAGGGUCUAAUAAGUUGAUCGAUUUGGAUAUUGAUGUCAAGAUACUCGGAUGGGACGCCAGGAUUCAAGUUCAAUGUAGCAAGAAGAACCACCCUGCGGCGAGACUAAUGGCGGCGCUGAUGGAGCUGGACUUGGAUGUACACCAUGCCAGCGUCUCGGUAGUCAAUGAUUUGAUGAUCCAGCAAGCCACCGUGAGGAUGGGCAGCCGGAUUUACACGCAGGAGCAGCUCAGGUUAGCUCUAUCAGCCAAAGUGGGGGAUGCCAGAUAAAACGUAAACCACAGAUGGCUGAAUAAGUUAUGGCGAGUUUGUUUUGCUUCUAUCGGCGGCAGGGUGCGUGCUUUGGGACACAUUUUAUUUAAGGCUCCCGGCAAAGCAGCGGAGCUGAGCUGAGCUCUGUGAUAUAUACUGUUCUAUCCGCUUCUUCAGUAGAUUUUUGUGAUGUUGUUGUAGCAUUAUAGAUCGAGUCUGAGAUUGACUUGGACGAGCUUAAACUAGAUGAACAAUUUUCCAUGUAGCUGUAUUUGAAAACCCUGUGUUCCCCCAUCCUUGUAUCCAUCAUCGUCAAUGCGUAAAUAUGUGUCAUAAAAUUUGAACUUUCAUGGAGUUCAUGAAAGUUCUCGCUUA